AUGCAGGGUCCUCGGAAAACCAUUGGCAUGAAUCUAGCCACCAGGCAGUCUCUGCUGUUAAUGUCCAAAAGAUCAUGUAAAUCAUCCCAAAGGAAGCAUUUGAGGAGAAGAGCCACUGAAAUUUUAAACAGGAGGAUGGAAAGGCUAAAAGAGGAGAUGGAGGAGAUUAGCAAGGAACAGGAAAGCAUAAGAAAGGAGCAAAGAGAAGUGAAAACAAAACUGGAAAUGGUAGAGUUGGAACGUGUGCAACUCCGAAGAGAGACUGAUUUUAUAACAUUGCAAAGUCUCAACACCCAACUUCGACUUUCUCUUAUGUUUCAAAUCCUUAAAGCACGAGAGGUCAAUAAUUUCACCCAAGCUGCUGCCCUUACUCAGAUUCUCCGUGAAGUUAUAGCAAAACAAAGCAAGGAAGAGUAG